AUGAUCCCAACACACUUCCUUGCAGUGGCGUUUGGUAGCCUUGUCGCUACCGCCGCCAUCAUUCCGAUUGCACCCACGACGGCAAGUGAGCACCCUGCUAUCGCUGCAGCCAACGUCAUCAGCUCCACGAUCGCUUCUUCUCCACGGCAGAUCGUCCAACGCGGUUCUAAGGAUGAUGAAGAGACAGACCUGGACAACCUCGCUGAUCACACCUUCAUCGUUGGCUCUCAGGACCCGCGCCCCGCGGAUAAGAAGUACAGCGAGUACCCUUUGCUCCAGAAGCUCCAGGAGUGCAACAGGAGACUUGGCUCUGACCCUGCGAUGAUCGAGGGCCAAUCACUGAUUGGCAACACCACCCUCCUGGAAGUCCGCUACUCACAGUGCAACCGCGCUCUUUUGGACUGUGCUACAACCGCUAUGACCGAGGCAGACGCACUUCUGAACGGAUGGCCUGGUUGGGACGACGAGGCCAGGCCUGUCCUCAGAACCCACUCGCUCCAAAUCUGCACCAACCGGUGCGUUCGAACGGGUGCCAUGGACAACCGCAUCGUUUCCGAAAAUUCUGGCAUGACCAGGGAUCAAUUCAAGAAGCUUGGGACGGUUGCAUUUUGCAACGUCGAAGUCAUCAAAUGCUUCGAAACUUGUGAGGUUGCAUACGACGGGGUUAUGGGGGUAUGGAACGCGCGCAACCCCGAUGAGUGA